AUGCAGGCGCUUUCAAAUUUAAUGGUGGCUGCCACCGAGGCUAUCGCUUACAUGGUUACACGUGGAACUACACGAGUUCUGGAGAAAUGCUAUCCUGUUCUGCUGAUACUCUUCUACGAAGGAGCACUUCGGGCAUGGUCAGAAAAGAGUAACUUGUGCAGUUUAGACAUGAUGACUACCGAUCAGCUGAUUACCUUCCUUCUUUACCAAAUGCAACUCGGAGAAAAUCUCUACAACAUUGGUUAUGUGAUGACUGGUUUGAUGGAAUGUGUAGGAGCAUCAAGAAAGGUCUUCGAGUACAUGUAUCGUGAACCGGAAAUUCCCAAUGAUGGCGAUUUGAAACCGCCACUAAAUGGCCGCAUUGAGUUCAAAGAAGUGGAGUUCACUUAUCCAUCACGGCCAAACAACAAAGUGUUGAAGGGCUUGGAUUUGGUGAUCGAGGCUGGUCGUACAACAGCGCUUGUUGGGCCAAGCGGCGGUUGGAAAAUCGUCGAUUGUUUCACUGAUUCAACAUUUUUACGAGCCAACCAGUGGAGAUAUAACGAUCGAUGGAGGUCAAAAGCAACGUAUAGCGAUUGCGCGAGCGCGUUGGUUCGGAAUCCGAUAGUGUUGAUUCUCGAUGAGGCGACGUCAGCGUUGGAUGCGGAAUCCGAAGCAAUUGGUGCAGGAGGCACUGAACAGACUGGAAAUCACUCUGAAUUGAUGGCUGAUGUGAACGGGUUAUACUAUUCAUUAGUAUCGAAACAGAUUCUCUCGUCAAAAAUCAAAGGAAAUACUAUUGAAGAUCUCGAGCAACAACCCUAA